AAUGUCAUAAGGAAAUUUAUAUAUUGCUCCAACAGUUGAUAAUAUUCCAAUAGUUGAAUCUUAUUUAAUUACAAUAUUUGAUGGAACAGGAUCUAUGAGUGGAGAAUAUGAAAUUGCAGUCAAUGCUUAUAAUGAAGUUUUUCAAACUAUUUCAAGAAGAGAAGAGUACUAAAUGGCUUAUGAUUAAGUAAAAAAUUUGCUUCCCUUCCAGAGUGCAGGUUCAGGUAGUAUUACAAAAGCAUUUGAACAUGUUUUCGAAAGAUUGCUGAGCAAUACAUGUUACUAUGGAAAAAACAUUACUAUUCUUUUUAUGAGCGAUGGAAAGGAAGAAUUUACUUGUUCCAAACUUGAAAAUUUAUUAAAGUAAAUGAAUGAAGAGUUUAGGGUUCAAUUCUUAUGUUUUUCAAUUGGAAGCGAUUUUUACACUCCUGAUAUGAGUCAAUUAUGGGGUAUGUUACACAAUACUGGAUAAAAACACCCAUAUCCUUUUAAUAUUGAGAGACCCUCAAUUAACUUAAAUACUCAAUUUAUUAGCAAAUUUUAGGAUAUAAGAGACAAUUUCCUCAAAUUCCCUGUUUCUAAAUUAAAAACAAAUUAACCUGUCCUUCCAACUGCCACUUCUAAGCCAAGUUCUGAGAUUGAAAUAGAAGCAGUAUUCUUGUGCUAUUCAGAAAGCGUUAUAGUGAAUGGUCAAGUCAUUAAACCAAUUAACAAUGAGUUGAUUUACUAAAAAUUUUUGGCAAAAUCAAUUCAAAAGGUAUUUCUAGACGGAGGAAAGCAAGAUGAUUUUCAAAAGGUAGAGAAGGUUUUUAAUAAUUUAAAUCGAAAUAAUGAAUAUCUUUAAAAUAAAAAAAUAUUUGAUAAUAUUUAGAUAGUGAAAGAAGGAGCUAAGGGAAAUUUAAAAUUUACAGAAUUGAGUCCUGAAGACUAAAAAUAGGUUAUUUGUGAUGUUGAAAAUUUUAACGUUAGAUUAAUUCAAAAAUUCAAGAUUGUUAUAGAAUCUGAAAGAAUAGAAAUUAAACCUUCAUUCCUGACAAAGUUAAUGCAGAUAUUUUCACUUUGCACUUGCGAAAAUAAAUGA